AUGUCCAUUCGUCACAUCGACCUCACCUCAUCCUCCACCUCUACAAUCGCGGCGAACGCGAUGGAGAUCCCCACCAGACCCUUUCCGUUCCUUCGACUCCCCUCAGAGCUCCGCAUAAAAAUCUACAGCCAGAUUUUAGGUGGCCGCAUAAUCCACAUAGGCGGCACAGCACACCAACCCUACACCGACAGCCACAUCAGCAACGGUCGAUGCUGUUCCUGCGUCUCGAGACUCGACGAUCAGGCAUGUUUCGCAAAGUACACCGGCGCCGGCAAAGCACUAGUAGGCAAAGUGCCCGCCGACCGCUUCUCCGCUCGCCACAGAGACUGCUUCCGCUAUCCCGUCUCACACACCCUGAACCUGGGAUUCCUCUCGGUCUGCAAGCAGAUCCACGCCGAAGCAGCGUCGAUCGUCUUUGAAGAAAACAUCUUCACCCUCGUUAGGCCUACCGCUCUUCCUCUGUUCUUGGACCGUCUGGCGCCCAGUCAAUCGCGCAACCUGCGCCAGUUGCGCAUCUACUCCGCGGAGUCGCGCGUCAAAUGGCUUGGCAAUCUACUCCGGGACACAAACCUCGCCGACUACCUCCACGGCUUUCAGCGACUCGAGGUGUACGUCGAGCUCAAGCCGUUCGAUGUCGAGACGCACGGGAUGCGGAUUGUGGAAGAACAGCGCUGGAGAUUGGCGGGCGCGGAGGUCUUCAAGCUGGCGUCGUUGAGAGAAGUGCAGCUGAUGAUUGUGACGCCGGAGUGGACGGAUGUUGAGAAGGGAGAGUUGAGCGAGGCCACCACCAACGCGUUGCAACAGUGGGAGAUGGAGUUGAGGUAUAGCUUGAUGCCGUUGUUACCACUGCAGGUUGCAUCGGGCUUGUUCCAAGUGAAGUGA